AUGGCCGACCCAUUCGCCCCCAAGACGAUGAAGAGGAAGAACAAGAAGGGUCUUGCACUGAGCGCGCCCCCACCAAAGCCGGUGCCCUCGGAGAGCGAUGCACAGGCACCAGGCGGCCUAGGCAAUGCUAGGGAGGAGACCCUCGAAAUCGGCGUAGAGUUCCAGCUGGACUUAAAGGCAGAAGACUUGAUUGUUCUGCGGGAAUUAGGCUCAGGAAACGGCGGCACAGUCAGCAAGGUCCAGCACGCAGCUACCAAAGUGAUCAUGGCGAGGAAGGUCAUACAUGUCGAAGCGAAGAACGAAGUACGGAAACGCAUCGUGCGUGAGCUGCGCAUUAUGCACGAGUGCAACUCGCCCUACAUUGUUGAUUUCUACGGCGCAUUCCAGAACGACUCUGGGGACGUUAUCAUGUGCAUGGAGUACAUGGAUGUGGGUGCUUUGGAUUGGGUAUCUCGCCAAUUUGGUCCCGUACGCGUCGAUGUCCUCGGAAAGAUCGCAGAAGCUGUGCUCGGCGGUCUCAGCUACCUCUACAGCGCCCACCGCAUCAUGCACCGCGACUUGAAGCCUUCGAACAUCCUUGUAAAUUCCAAGGGCCAGAUCAAGCUCUGUGACUUUGGUGUCUCCAGUGAGCUUGACGGAUCCAUCGCCGAGACAUUCGUGGGAACAGGCACAUACAUGGCUCCCGAGCGUAUUCAGGGUUCUCCCUACACCGUCAAGUCGGACGUGUGGAGUGUUGGCCUGUCCAUUAUGGAGCUGGCUAUUGGCAAGUUUCCUUUCUCUGGGAGCGCAGACGAUGACGAGGCUGGAGGUCCUCAGGGUAUUCUUGACCUUCUCCAGCAGAUUGUUCUUGAGCCUGCGCCGAAGCUGCCCAAGAGCGAUGCGUUCCCCUCCAUCCUCGAAGACAUGGUUGCCAAGUGCCUGCUGAAGGAUCCCAAGGAGCGUCCAACACCUAAGGAGCUUUACGACCACGACGCAUUCCUCCAAGCCGCGAAGCGCACACCGGUCGAUCUUGAAGCAUGGGCGACAAGCAUGCUCGAACACAACAAGCGAAAGUCGCAUCUCGCCCCAUCCGUACCCUCCGGUAACAUCCGCGAGAAGCUGCAGAACCAGGAGCCGGCACCAAGGCGAGGAUCUGCGGACGUCAGGCACCAGGAGUUCUCGCCGAGAAGAGGCUCUGCUGAUGUCAGGCAGGACGGUCCGGCGCCGCCACGCCCAGCAUACCCCCAACGCACAUCGAGCAGUAUCAGCCACCACAGCCAGUCGAACAGCCAGUCGAGUCAAGGCGGCCAAAUGUCCCUUCCCAUGCGACCUGCGCCACCAGCGUCAAACGGCUCAAAUUCGAGGCCUCAAUCGAGAGGACCACCGCUCAACGGUGGAAUGCCUCCCGCGCCACGGAGAAUGUAUAGCGACGUGCAAUAA